CCUCCACGCAUCCAUCCCGGCCGCGCUCAGCAGAGCCGAGCCCGGACGGGGCAGAGCGGCGGCCGCGAGGGGACAGCGCCGGUAUGGUGACAGCGCCGGGAAUGGUGGCAGAGCCAGGGAUGGUGGCAGGCUGUGCCCGGGAUGGUGGCAGGCUGUGCCCGGGAUGGUGGCAGUGCCCAGGAUGGUGGCAGUGCCCGGGAUGGUGGCAGGCUGUGCCCGGGAUGGUGGCAGUGCCCAGGAUGGUGGCAGUGCCCGGGAUGGUGGCAGUGCCCACGAUGGUGGCAGGCUGUGCCCUCGGCUAUGGCAGGCUGUGCCAGGGAUGGUGCAGGCUGUGCCCGGGAUGGUUCAGGCAGUGCCCGGGAUGGUGCAGGCUGUGCCCCCGGCUAUGGCAGGCUGUGCCCGCGGUGGAUGGCAGCAGUGGCAGCAGGCGCACACUGUGCCCGCAGCGAUGGCAGCUGCGCCCGCAUUCCCCGCCGAGCCGGGCCCGCUGCGCUCCCUCCCGCCGCCGCUGUCACCGCGCUCCGCAAGGGCCGCUCCUGCACCCAGGGCCCGCCCCGCAUUCCCCGGCGAUCCUCACCCCCGGCCCGGUACCUGCCCUUCCUCCGCGUCCGUGGCCAGCGGGAGCGGCAGCGCCGCCCGAGCGCAGAGCGUGGGGGCCGGGCCGGGCCGGGCCGGGCCUGGCGGGCCGGGCGGGGCGGGGGAAGGGCCCCGCGCCUGCGCUGCCUUUGCGGAGCGGCCGCGGUGCCGGCCGGGCCCGGCGCUGCUCCCGCGGCCGGGCUGCAGGGAGCGGCCUCCGCGUCGCCCAUGGGCGCUGUGGCGGCCCCGAACGCGGAUCCGUCCCCCGCCGGCCACGACACCGAGCCUGGCGCCGCGGCCGACAGCCAACGCCCGCCCUCCAGCCUGUGCAGCAGCCCCGGCUCCCUCCCGCCCGACAGCCUCCAAGCCUUCCCCGGCCUCGACUCGCCCAGCAUCCAGUGUGACAGCCUGGAGUGUCCCCCCUGCUCGUGCUGCCGCUGCCGCCGCCGCAGCGCGGGCUCGGCCGGGGCCAGCGAGGACAGCCUGCAGGCCCCCGUGGCCCGGGGCUCCGGCACACGGUGCUUCGGCGAGCACCGCGCCUCCAGCGACCUCUCCGACAGCCUCGAGUCCUUCAUCCAGCACGACAGCCUCCAGUCGCUCUCCAGCCUGGGUGUGAGCUCCUCCAGCAUCAGCGGUGAUAGCCUUGAAUCCCUGUCCAGUCUGAGCCUGGGGACCAGCAGCCAGCACAGCGAUCUCGAGUUCAUCGGGCAGUGAGUGUGCCCUGAGCCUCCCGCACAGCCUUUUGCCGGCUCUGCCAGCUGCCAGGAGCGCUGCCAGGCUGCUGCCCUGCCUCCCGAGGUGACGUUGUUCCAGUUGAGAAUGGAAGUGCGUGGUCCUCAGAGGAAUCCCAGCUACCUCUCAGAUCUCUAUGAGAACAUGUUAAGGGCUGAAGGAGCAGUGGGACGAGGGAAGCAGCAGCCCCCAGCAGUCCAUACAAGUAGCAGCAAGAC